AUGGGGGGCAUCACAGCUGCCGCAAACGGCAACGCUGAAGUUACUACAUAUCCCGAGUCGAGAGUGCUCAUCAUCAUCACCGGAGGCACGAUAUGCAUGCAGCCAUCGGCGAGCGGCCUCGUACCCGUCGACGGAUUUCUAGAUAAUGCCAUGGCGCCGCGUCUGUCUUUCAACGAUAUGUCAGAAAGAGUCCCGUUAACCGCGGUCAAGGACGGGGUUAAGGUUACUAUCGACAGCUUACGCACACCGCCGAGUUCAUACUCGAGACAUAUCCGCUACGGCGCCCUCGAAUUCUCACCGCUGCUAGACUCUUCCAGUAUAAGCAGCAUCGGCUGGACUCAGAUCGCUACGACUAUCAAAGCUAAUUAUCACCUAUUCGAUGGCUUUGUGGUACUCCAUGGAACCGACUCCCUGUCUUAUUCAGCUUCGGCUUUGUCUUUUAUGUUGGAAGACCUAGGUAAACCGGUAAUCCUAACCGGCUCUCAGGCUCCCAUAUUUGCACUCCAGUCAGACGCCGUCGAUAAUUUACUCGGCUCCCUCAUCAUAGCCGGCACCUUCGCAAUCCCCGAGGUGUGCUUAUUCUUCCACCACACACUAUUCCGCGGAAAUCGCACGACCAAGGUUUCCGCAUCCUCAUUCGAUGCCUUCGCUAGUCCCAACUGCGCACCUCUAGCCAAGGUUACCAGCCUCGGCGUCGACGUGAACUGGUCGCUCGUACGGCGGCCGACCAAGAUCGCACAGUUCCGCGUCACGUCGUACGUAGACACUGCACAUGUGGCUUGCGUGCGCAUCUUCCCGGGUAUCAAGCCUGAGAUGGUGGACUCGGUGCUUCGCGUGCCGCACCUACGUGGGCUGAUUCUCGAAACAUUCGGAAUGGGCAAUGCACCCGAGGGCGUUGACGGCAGCCUGACUAAAGUCAUUGCCGCGGCCGUCCAACGCGGUAUUAUCAUUGUCAACGUCAGCCAAUGCACCAACGGCUUCGUAUCGCCGCUAUACGCACCUGGGUUCGCGCUCGGUCGUGCCGGCGUAGUCUUUGGGCAUGAUCUUACUUCCGAAGCCGCACUCACCAAGCUCUCGUACCUCCUCGCGCUACUCCCCGGGCCCAGCGGCGAGGGAGGCAACGCAGCGGAGAUCGCAGCGCGCAUGAGCCGGUCGAUCCGCGGCGAACUAACCGAACUCGCCGCGAUAACGUCCUUCGCACACCCGUCAGCCGGUUUGGACACCUCGUGGGCGGACCGUCUGACCGGGCCCGAAGCAGCGUUCACGGCACUGGGAUAUACAAUCGCGACGGGAAAUCUACAGGCUACUAUCGAGAUCCUGGAAGCCGCAGACCGCGACGAGGGCGAGGGCGAGGGCCCGAUGGUGCUACUACGGCAUGCGGAUUACAUGGGCAACACUGCCGUGCAUCUGGCAGCACUGGGACCGGAACCGGCGAUACUAGAGGAAUUGCUGGUCAGGGGGGCGAGCGUGCACGCGCGCAACCGCGCGAAUAAUACGCCGUUGUUCCUGGCGCAGGGGGCUAAGAAUGACGAGUGCGUGAGGUUGUUGAGGGAAGCGGGAGGGAUGUUAUGGGAAGAGGAAAAGGGGGUAUAA